CUCAGGGCUCUUAAAAAUUCAAUUUACGCAAAUAGUAUUUUCAUUAUUUCAGUAUUUUGUGAGUAAUCACUAAUAAUGAUGGUAAUGUAUAUUAUCUUUCAGGUGAUAGAAAUACAACUACAGCAGAAUCUGAAAAACAUAAACCACCUCCACGGAUCCAAAAUGAGUUGUCUCAGGCACCUCCAAUGGGUCAUAACAAAUCGCAGCCACCUCCAUUGGACCAGAACAAACCAGAGAUAGCACCACAGGCUCAGUGCGAAUCGCAAACACCUCCAUUGGACCAGAACAAACCAGAAAUAGCACCACAGGUUCGGUGCAAAUCGCAGCCAUCUCCAUUGGACCAGAACAAACCAGAGAUAGCACCACACGUUCAGUGCGAAUCGCAGCCACCUCCAUUGGACCAGAACAAACUAGAAGUACCAUCACAGGGUCAGUAUGAAUCGCAGACUCCUCCACUGAAAUGUCACAAGCUAGGGGUACCGCCACAUCAUCAGUAUGAAACACAGGCAUCUCCCCUGGACCAGAACAAGCUAGAGGUACCACCUCAGUGUCGAUACGAAUCUCAGGCACCUCUUCUGGACUGGAAUAAGCUAGAGGUCCCACCACAAGGUCAGUGCGAAUCGCGGACAUCUCAACUGGACCAGAACAAUCUAAAGGUACCAUCACAGGGCCAGUACAAAUCGCAGAUACAUCCACUGAAUCAGAACACGCUAGGGGUACAACCACAGCGUCAGUAUGCAUCGCACGCACCUACACUGGAACAGAACAAGCUAGAGGCACCACCACAGGGUCAGUCCAAAUCACAGCCACUAAUAUUAGACAAAACUGUUUCAUGUGCUACACAAUCAAGAGGGCAAACUGAGUAUAUGAGCAUCCUCAAUAUGGACACUGGUACUAAUUUGUUCAAAAAUGAUACUGGUAAGGCAAACUGUACAUAUCCUUAUCAUGAAUAUGGUCUUAAUCUUAAUGGUGAAUUAGUGAAUAGUCCUGUUCAAUUAUCUGCUCCUCUAUCUGACCCUUAUACUAAUGAUCUUAUUAGCAGUAUUUCCAAUGCAAUAUCUGGUAAUGACGACAGAAGUAAUGCUAUUACACUUGGGCAAAGUUAUACUGAUAGCCCUGAGAUGGUCACAGAAGCCAAUAUUGUAUAUAGUCCAACUUAUAACCCACAUUUCGACAUCCGUAUUGAAGAUCUAGGGCCUGAUGAAGAUGCCGAUCGUUCUAUUAACACUGAAUCAAACUGGGACACUGAUGACAAUAUACCUUUAAAGCAUGCUGGUAGUGGUAUAGCAAGUAGUGGUAACUGGGAUACUGAAGAUGAUUUACCUCUUGUGAAAAUUGAAGAUCCCAAAAGUGAUGAUGAUAGCACCUAUGAGCCAAAUUCUGAUUCAUUUGAAUUAGAUACCAGUUUUGAAUCUGACUUUAAGAGACUGACACCCAUCAAAAAACAGCAAAAGAAAAGGACGCCAAUUAAAGCGAGAGACAAGAACUGGAAAAGGAAAACUGGGAG